AUGGAGGGAAUAAAGAAGAAAUUACGGCUGGCGGCACCAAAAAUCAAACAGAAAAAGGCACUAAAUAAGUUGAAAGCAAAGGUAGACUCGUCGUUGGUUACGAAAACAAAGGGACCAGCAAAGCCGGCAGCCGUCAAACCGGAUCGUAAGCAAAAGAAGGAACCCGGUACAAAAGAUGCAACGCGCGGGCCGAUCAGUUUCGUGUCUCCGGCGACGCCGGUUGAUGAUUCAAGUGAUGAAAUGGAAAUCGACGAUGACGAGCAGCAGGAUCAGCAAGAGAAGACAACGAAACAGCUUCCGGUCCUCGAAGCCGUGCCCACCGAUGUUCCCGAUCCGAAGCUCCCGACACGGUUGAUCAAGAUGUUGCGUCCAUUGAUCGGUUACUUCUACAGUGGAGAUCAGAUAUCUUUGAAACAGAGCUUUGAGCAGGCGGCACUGUUGCUGGAACCGGAUUACGAUGAGUCGACGAAGGUGUUCCGAUUUCUGGUCAACACGAAGGAAGUGUGCCGUGCGGUCGGCGAGAAAAACGAAGCGCAUUCGGAGGCCCGCGACAAGCUCAUCCAGAUUGUGCGCUACUAUUGCUACAAUCUGAAGAAAGUGAAACCAUACCACACGCGUAGGAAAAUCUUCUACACUCGGCCACCGAAGUCUGUGCAAGCGAAAGAAGCGGGCGCCAAGGGUAAGCAGCUGCAGGACGAAAACAUCGGCUUUAAGAUGUUACAGAAGCAGGGUUGGAGCGGUGGCGGUCUCGGUAGCGGAGAGAGUGGUAUUACCGAACCGAUCGCUGCGACGAAGCGCAAGGGCAAGCACGGUCUCGGUACGGAGAAUGCCACCCAGGAGGCGACAGGCGAAGUGACCGCGAAGGAGAAAAUCCCUCUUGAAGCAUUCUACCUGGUGAUACAGGAGUACGCGGGUGUGAAUGCGUUGUACGAUCUAGUGUUCAGCACACAGUUCGCCAAGGAGCAGGUUCGAAAGCUGCGAGACUUUGCCCUUCGGAAGAAGCUUCUCACGCAGAUGGUUGGCCACAAGAAAAAGAAGCUGGUAAUUAGCAAACCGCUGACGAUCAAGGAAAUCAAGGUGGGCGUCAUGAAGGGACAUUCAGAUUUGUGUGCAAAGUAUGUCGUCAUUCCACCCGCUGCGGGCAUUCCUCCCGAGGAUUUGGCGGUGUGAAAG